UAGAAAAUAAAAAUAAGCAAGAAGCCGACAUUGAAGGAGCGGUUCUGACUUUUCCUUCUCCUUCUUAAUUGGAAAAUCCACGUUCAGAGACACACUCCAAUUCUUUCAACAACUCCAACUUUACCACUUCCAAUUUUCUGCAACAAACACAAAAGUCUCAGAAGAGGAACAACAACGCGAAGAAGAAGAAGAAGAAGGAAGAACAACAUGUUGAGGCUUGCAUCUAAGAGACUCUCUUCUCUCUCCUCUCCCUGCUUCCGACCCUACCACGCUGCUUCCGCUUUCCUCUCCCCAAACGUCGUCGUUCAUGACCCCAGAUCCCUCCCUUCCUCUCACCUCACCAAUUUCCUUCUUCCCUUCAGAGGUUUUACUACUGAAUCACUGAGCUACACACAAAAAGACAGCAUUAUUCCUGAGAUUCCAGCAACUGUUGCUGCUGUUAAGAACCCUACUUCUACUAUUGUUUAUGAUGAGCACAACCAUGAAAGGUUUCCCCCAGGUGACCCUAGCAAGAGGGCAUUUGCUUACUUCGUCCUUACAGGUGGUAGGUUUGCUUAUGCCUCUCUGGUCCGUCUCCUAGUCCUCAAGUUUGUGCUUAGCAUGUCUGCUAGUAAGGAUGUUCUUGCUCUGGCUUCACUCGAGGUUGAUCUCUCCAGCAUUGAGCCUGGCGCCACGGUGACCGUAAAGUGGCGAGGAAAGCCGGUGUUCAUCAGGCGCCGGACAGAGGACGAUAUCAAGCUGGCAAACAGUGUUGAUGUUCUAUCUCUUCGUGAUCCCCAACAGGAUGCAGAGAGAGUGAAGGACCCAGAAUGGCUCAUUGUGGUUGGGGUUUGCACACAUUUGGGCUGCAUUCCAUUGCCAAAUGCUGGUGAUUUUGGUGGGUGGUUUUGCCCAUGCCAUGGAUCACAUUAUGAUAUUUCAGGCAGAAUUAGGAAGGGACCAGCACCAUACAAUCUAGAGGUUCCUACCUAUUCCUUCUUGGAUGAGAACAAGUUAUUGAUUGGUUGAAAAUGUUUGUUCUGCAUACAAAUGAGAUGAGUUUACAAAUUGGGUUGAGUAAGUUACAAUGUGCCUUAUUACCUUAAAGAACUUGUUGAGUCUGUUUGGCCAUUGGUUUGUGUAACUUGGAAAUGUAACUGUUACCUUUUGGCGAUACUUGUAUCAAUAAUCGCCAGGCUUUUUGCUUAGCAUGUGACAAGUUCAGGAAUAUUAAAUUUUGCAUCAUGUAUAAAAAUUUUCAUAUGAUUUUGAUUGUUA